AUGGAACCUCGUGUUGGGAAUAAGUUUCGCCUGGGUCGGAAGAUCGGAAGCGGCUCUUUUGGGGAGAUCUAUUUAGGUACUAAUAUUCAAACAAACGAAGAGGUCGCAAUUAAGCUUGAAAAUGUCAAGACAAAGCAUCCUCAGUUGCUCUAUGAGUCCAAGCUGUACAGAAUUCUACAGGGAGGAACUGGAAUCCCAAAUGUCAGAUGGUUUGGAGUCGAGGGAGAUUACAAUGUUUUAGUGAUGGAUCUGCUUGGACCCAGUCUUGAAGAUCUGUUUAACUUCUGUAGUAGAAAGCUAUCACUAAAAACAGUUCUCAUGCUUGCUGAUCAAAUGAUCAACCGGGUUGAGUUCAUUCAUUCUAAAUCAUUUCUCCAUCGAGAUAUCAAACCAGAUAAUUUUCUAAUGGGAUUAGGAAGGCGAGCAAACCAGGUUUAUGCUAUUGAUUUUGGUUUGGCUAAGAAAUACAGAGAUAGUUCAACACAUCAACAUAUUCCUUACAGGGAAAAUAAGAAUUUGACUGGAACUGCAAGAUAUGCUAGCAUGAAUACUCACCUUGGCAUUGAGCAAAGCAGAAGAGAUGAUCUUGAGUCUCUUGGUUAUGUUUUGAUGUACUUCUUGAGAGGAAGUCUUCCUUGGCAAGGACUUAAAGCAGGAACGAAGAAACAGAAGUACGAGAAGAUUAGUGAAAAGAAGGUUUCUACAUCUAUUGAAGCCUUGUGCCGUGGCUAUCCAACAGAAUUUGCAUCUUACUUCCAUUACUGCCGGUCAUUAAGGUUUGAUGAUAAGCCAGAUUAUGCUUACCUCAAAAGGAUAUUUCGGGACCUUUUUAUUCGUGAAGGAUUCCAGUUUGAUUAUGUCUUUGAUUGGACCAUUUUGAAGUAUCAGCAAUCACAGCUAGCCACUCCUCCAACGCGGGCCAUUGGUCCUAGUGCUGGAACUAGUUCUGGAAUGCCCCCAGCUGUUACAAAUGCUGAUAGGCAUACAGGAGGGGAAGACGGGCGGCCUCCUGCUAUGGUUUCAGUGGAUUCCUCAAGGCGCAGAAUCUCAGGACCCAUUUUAAAUACUUUAUCAACUGCCAAUGCCUUGGGUCAGUCAAGUGGAUCAUCAAGGCGGGUUGCUGUUUCUGGUACCCGUGAUGCAUUUGUUGGUACCGAGUCAGAUAUUCGUGCUCGCACUGCUGAAGCUAGCCCUGGAGUAGCACACAGAGGUUUGAGUGGGCAAAGAAGUUCACCAAUUGGAUCUUCUGAUGCCAAGAGAGUUGUAUCAUCGGGGAGAAACGCUUCUCAUGUGAAAAAUUAUGACUCUGCACUUAGAGGCAUGGAAGGUUUGCAAUUAGAGAAUGAUGAGAGGACCCAUUAUUGA